GAUCAAGGGCCUCCACAAAACGACGUUCAGCCUAUCUUAUCGACCUGACUGAGUCUGUGGUAUCCGUCAUAGCAACACUCUCGCAAGGAACAAGCAGAUACAGGCUGGGGACCGAUGACUUGGUGGCUGGACGACGUUUAUGGAAUACGACUACGGCCUGCCCAAAGAGGUAUGAAGCUGAUUGUUCUUGUCAAGCUACAACGAUUUGUGCAGUACAACCGUGGAUAAAUGUCGCGUUAUGGCAGGGAAGCACCGAAAUGACAUCGAGGCCUGAGCCCGGACCAAAUUUGUACUUCAAGUCGAGCGUAUCCGCGUCCUGGUCUUUAGCAGCUCCCUAGGCAAGCUCCGCGAACAGCCAACAUGCAGCUCAUUACCUCUCUUUUGGUCAUUGGCGGCCUCGCAACCAGCGUUGCUGCACGAAACCCUGCAAGGUCUGUGGGCAAGAAGUUUGAUUUUCCCAAGCCUCAGCGUCCUUCGCGCAACGUCCAGCACGCCAAGCGCCAGUCCACUGUGAACGAGACUACACCGCUCGUCACAGCUCCCGGUGCUAAGAAGUUCACUGUCAAUGGUACUGCUGGUGCUAUCCCCGACGUCGACUUCGACAUUGGCGAAUCGUACGCUGGCUUGUUGCCAAUUUCAGCGAAGGCCAACGAAACUUCUGAGCUGUACUUCUGGUUUUUCCCUUCUGCAAACCCAGAUGCCGAUGAAAUCACCAUCUGGCUAAACGGUGGACCUGGUUGCUCGUCUCUCGAGGGUUUCUUGCAGGAGAACGGUCCUAUCAGCUGGCAGUACGGCAGCGGGUCUCGUGCUGUCUACAACCCGUGGAACUGGGUAAACCUCACCAACAUGAUCUGGGUUGAGCAGCCAAUUGGCACUGGUUUCACUCAGGGUACACCCACCGCCACCAGCCAGGAGGAGACUGCAGCACAAUUCCUUGGCUUCUGGAAGAAUUUCAUGGAGACCUUCGGGCUUGUCGGCAAGAAGGUCUACAUUGCAGGCGAAUCUUACGCUGGAAGAUUCGUCCCGUACAUUUCAGAUGCUAUGCUCAACGAGAACAACACCGACUACUAUAACGUUAAGGCCGCCAUGAUCUAUGACCCCAGUGUUGCCGAAGACACUUUGCUCGAAGACAUUCCCGCCGUCUCAUUCGUUGACCGCUGGUCUGAUCUUUUCAACCUCAACAAGACCUUCACGAAGGACAUCCAUGACCGCGCUGACAAGUGCGGCUACACUGAGUACAUGGAGAAGUACCUGACCUUCCCCCCAGUCAGCAAGCUCCCUACCCCCGCGGAAAACGCCUCCAACCCCGAGUGCGAUGUCUGGGGAGCCAUCCUCGACGCUGUUACGUUGACCAACCCCUGCUUCGACAUAUACGCUGUCGCCACCACUUGCCCUCUACUCUGGGACGUGCUUGGCUUCCCCGGAUCGUUCGACUACCUUCCUGCUGGCGAGGAAAUCUACUUCAACCGCACUGCUGUGCAGAAGGCUAUCAACGCGCCCAUCCAGGAGUGGGCUGAGUGCUCCAACGGUGUUCUUGAUACCGACACAUCACCUCAGUCUAGCUGGGAGGUCAUUCCUCGCAUUACUGAGAAGCUCGACCGCUUUGUCAUCGUUCACGGCGAGCUCGAUUACAUCCUUAUGUACAAUGGUACCCUAAUGGCCAUCCAGAACAUGACCUGGGGUGGUAUGCAGGGCUUCCAGGAGGCUCCCAAAGACGAGUUCUUCGUUCCUUACCACGAUGACUUCAGCCUGACUAGCCUGAGUGCCAAGGGUGUCAUGGGAACCACACACACCGAGCGCAAGCUCACCUGGGUCAGCCAGGCACUGUCCGGCCACAUGGUCCCUCAGUACCAGCCCAGCAGCGCGUACAGGCAGCUUGAGUUCUUACUCGGCCGUAUCCCCAGCUUGACAUCUACUGAGCCGUUCACCACUCUCAGAGGUAAUUCGACCGCGAAGAGAGACCUUGGUGUCAUGCAUGGCUACUAAACGUUGGUGUCUGUAUAGCAUAGAUGAUUUAACGGGUAAUGUAAUGCGUGCUGCACUAUUGAAUAACAAAAGGAGACAAUCCAUUUAUGGAAUUCUCUCAAAUCUUCUGUGAUCGG